UCAUCCCCUAGCAGGAGGCAUCAUGGUCAGUCGUGUGGAGCACCCCGCGGGCGGUUAUAAGAGACUGUUUGAGACGGUGGAGGAACUGGCCACCCCAAUGAGCGUCCACAUCACAGGUCGGUUGCCCCUAUGGCUGUCCGGCAGUCUGUUGCGAUGUGGGCCCGGACUGUUUGAAGUGGGCUCCGAGCAGUACUAUCAUCUGUUCGACGGACAAGCAAUGCUGCAUAAGUUUGAGUUCAAGCAGGGACACGUGACGUAUCAUCGCAGGUUUGUGAAGACCGACGCCUACGUCCGCGCAAUGACCGAGAAGAGGAUUGUAAUCACAGAGUUUGGCACCUUCGCUUAUCCAGAUCCGUGCAAGAAUAUAUUCUCCAGGUUUUUUUCAUUCUUCAAAGGACUCGAAGUGACGGACAACGCCCUGGUGAACAUAUACCCUGUGGGGGAGGAUUUUUACGCCUGCACUGAAACCAAUUACAUAACAAAGGUUGACCCUGAGACUUUAGAAACAGUCAAAAAGGUGGAUCUGUGUAAAUACGUCUCCAUUAAUGGCGUCACUGCACAUCCUCACAUAGAGAACGACGGCACCGUCUUCAACAUGGGAAACUGCUUUGGGAAGAAUUUUUCACUUGCUUACAAUGUUGUCAAGAUUCCUCCUCUGCAGGCAGACAAAGAAGAUCCAAUAACAAAGUGCAAGGUGGUUGUCCAGUUUCCAUGUAGUGAUAGAUUUAAGCCAUCCUAUGUCCACAGUUUCGGCAUGUCUUCCAAUUAUCUCCUCUUCGUAGAACAACCAGUGAAGAUUAAUCUGUACAAGUUCCUCUCUGCCUGGAGCAUCUGGGGAGCCAACUACAUGGAUUGCUUUGAAUCUAAUGAAACUAUGGGCGUGUGGAUGCACGUCGCAGAGAAGCACACAGGAGAAUACCUCAAUAUAAAAUACAGGACGUCGGCCUUCAACAUUUUCCAUCACAUUAAUACAUAUGAAGACAAUGGAUUUCUCAUAGCGGAUGUGUGCUGCUGGAAGGGCUUUGAAUUUAUCUACAAUUAUUUGUAUCUGGCCAAUUUACGUGAGAACUGGGAGGAAGUGAAGAGACUUGCAGAGAAAGCUCCUCAACCUGAAGUGCGGAGAUACAUCCUGCCCCUCGAUAUCCAGAAGAAUGACACAGGAAAGAACUUGGUGAAUCUGCCCUACACUACGGCUACUGCCACCCUGUGCAGCGACGGCACAAUCUGGCUGGAGCCUGAGGUUCUCUUCUCGGGCCCUCGACAAGCUUUCGAAUUCCCGCAGAUCAACUACAGGGAGUACAGCGGUAAAGAUUACAGAUACGCGUAUGGACUGGGACUGAACAAUUUCAUUCCUGACAGGCUUGUGAAACUGAACGUCAAGAGCAAAGAAACGUGGGUCUGGCAGGAGCCCAACACCUACCCCUCCGAGCCGAUAUUUGUCCCAACCCCAGAUGCUCUGGAGGAAGACGAUGGUGUCAUUCUGAGUAUGGCCAUCUCCCCGGCUGUGGGGCACAAGCCCUCGUGCCUGCUCAUCCUGGAUGCAAAGGACAUGAGUGAAAUCGCCCGAGCGGAGGUCGACACCGUCAUCCCCGUCACAUUUCACGGCAUGUUCAAAAAAGCCUAAAGAGAAGCGAUCACCUGGCUGCUUGUGAUACAA